AUGAGGUUCUCUCAGCUUCAUUUCUGUGCUUUGUCCUUCCUCACCCUGCUCUCCCAUGCAACGGGUUGCAAAACCGAUGACGACUGCAGUUUGAAUGGAAUUUGUUCCUGGGGAGGCUCAUGCACCUGCGACCCAGGGUGGCGGUCAGCCGAUUGCAGUGAAUUGGACCUGCAGCCUGUGGAGCGAUGGACGGGUUACAACCACACGAAUGCAACUGGCGCAGACUUCUACAAGGAAGGCGCAGGCAACUCUUCAUGGGGCGGACACAUCAUUCAUGACCGCUUCGACAAGAGUCUGUUCCACCUAGUCACGUCCCAGAUGUCGCACGGCUGUGGACUCUCGGGUUGGAGACCUUUCAGCACAGUAAUCAGAGCCGAAUCCCGCACCGGCCCUCGAGGUCCAUACAAAUACGCGCAAACGCUGUUCGGGACUUUCCAUCAUAACCCAACGACGAUUUGGAGUCCAGCAGACGAGAAGUAUUUGAUUUACUUCAUCGGAAAGGAUUAUGAAGUCGGCGAUGUCUGUCGGUCACAAAAGUGGAACAAUACUAUUUCAGUCUCGAGUUCACCAGACUUGAAAGAGUGGACAGAGCCGAUACCACAAGUUAUUAAUGUCACAAAUCCAGCUCCUUGGCCCCUGUGGUCGCCGAAGAAUCCCACAAAAGAAAUCUUGCUGGCAGUCGAAAAGAAUAACAUCUACCAUGCGGAUAACUUUUCUGCUCCGCAUGAAUUGGUAGUGGAGCCCCGCAACACGGAGCGAAGCGAGGAUCCGUUCCUCUGGAGAGACAAGCGCGGGCAUUGGCACAUCCUCGUGCAUCACAUGAUCGACAUCGCUGAGGGAAGAAAAGGGCCGCAUGUUGGCGCGCAUGCCUUUGCACGGAAAUGGGAAGGCCCGUGGACUUACAACAACAACACUCUGGCAUACAACACCACUGUCGAGUUUACUGACGGAGAGAAGCUCGAUUACUACAGGCGAGAGAGACCGAAGCUGUACUUCAGUGAAGACGGGAAUAUGACCCCACUCUACUUGCUCAAUGGAGUUCAAGAGUUUAACAAGUCUGGGAGCUAUACGCUGAUCCAGCCGAUUGGAAUGGGGGCUGCGGUGUAUGAAAAGCAGCUCGGAUUCGGAGAGGUUGCUUGA